UCAGCUGCAUUUUCAUUUAAAAUGUAUAUAAGACCGUCACGCUAAUUUAGCUUUUCUAAUAAGUGAUACGGUUUGUUUGAUUGCGGGGAACGCCAAUGUCAUGUUAAUGACCUCAAAUGAGAUCAAAAAAAAAAUUAACAUCGAAAAGUGUGUUCUCAAAUAAUUGUAAUAUUCCACUGAUAACAGGGAUUUGGUGUCGUAAAUGUGCGACGAGCGAGAGUAAUUAUCAGAGCUCGUCUGUGUAAACAAUAUUAUCAGUAGGUGAGUGAUGGGUCGGCAUUCUGUUUCCGUGCUGGUUAGGGUGUGGACGUGAAGUACAGUGGUCCUGGAUAGUUUUUUGUUUUUCAAAAAAAAGAAGGGAAGUUAUGUUUGAGUGAAACAAAAAUGCGUGCCAUGGUGCGAGGCGUGACGCACGGCGUCUCGCCUCUAUUCGAUUCAGUCUCCGUGCAGUGAAGCCAGGAUAGCCGCAGAAGUGUGACGCCAGCAUCGCACGCCGCACGUGUGUCUCAGUGAAUUUCUGUUAACCAGUGAUCAGCUGAUUUUCUGUGACUGUUGUUGUGCAGUGUUGACCGGCCGCAUACACGAGAAUUCAACCUGUCCGGGCGACAUAUUGAAAUGUUACUCAGAGCAUCAAAACUUUAAUCCUUAUGUCAAGAAAGUAUUCAGCAUUUACGAAGCAACCGCGCCACAACGUAAACAGUGAGGUUUUUGAAAGUGUGAGUACGAGGACCAGCCCGUCCUUGAUGUACUCGACAACCUACAAUCCUUGCGCCCUUACCCUUUGCAUAUCAAAGAGACCUUGUCGCUACUCUGCCAGAGAUCCCAGAUUAAGAAUCUCAUCGAGGGAACUAAGCAUCUCUUCUACGUAGAAGAUAUUGGAUUACGAAUCCAAUCAUAUAUUACUGUUUCGAGCAGGAAAUAGUUAGAGAACUCAGUACGCACUAGGCAGUACUUAAGAGCUCCUAUUGAUAGACUAAUGGACUCUCAAAAAGCCUACGGCAAUGGAAUACCAGGUAACGAGAAGCCAUUCAAGUACGAGUCAAAAAUACCGUCUGAAAAGGAGAAGACUACGUCACCUCUUCUUGAAAGGACAAGUGACAUUAAGUAUAUAGAUUCACAGGAGGAGAAACAUGAUGCCAACGAUGUUGUGAAACCUGACAAUGAUCUCAAUACUGUCAAUUCCAUGAAAACGGAACACCAUUAUCAGGACAAGGAUAAUCUAUCUGUAGCUUAUCAUAAAAAUGAUGAAGAUCCGAAUGCUAACGAAGGAGUUAAGUUUUUGGGUCUUGGUGAUGCUGACAGUAUUUGUUCGAGUAAACCACCAUCAGAACCACCCCCACAAAUACCAGAUGGAGGGUGGGGGUGGGUCGUUGUUGCUGCCUCUUUUCUAAUAGCAACUGUUGCGGACGGACUCGCUUUCUCUUAUGGCUUGAUUAAUGAGAAAUUCGUUUCCUAUUUCAAUCAAAGUGAAGCAAAAACGUCUCUCAUUGGCAGCUUAUUUAUAUCAGUUCCCCUGAUAGCAGGACCAGCUAUGAGCGCUCUUGUAGACAGAUAUGGCUGCAAAAACAUGACUAUCUUAGGAGGAAUCGCGUCUACUAUUGGUUUUGUAGCUGCAUCUUACAGUAAUUCGGUUGAAGUUUUGUGUGUUACAUAUGGAUUGAUGGCUGGAUUGGGAAUGGGUUUACUGUACGUUACAGCAGUAGUAUCUAUAGCUUAUUGGUUUGAAAAAAGAAGAAAUCUAGCUGUUGGAUUAGGUUCAUGUGGUGUUGGUUUCGGAACAUUUAUCUAUUCUCCUUUGACGACAUAUUUGUUAGAUGAGUAUGGUUGGAGAGGAACCCUAUUACUCCUUGCUGGUACAGUACUUAAUGUUUGUGUUUGUGGUGCUGUUAUGAGAGAUCCAGAAUGGUUGAUAUUGGAACAGAAAAAGCAAAGGAAACUCAACAAAAGCAAAAGGGCUUCUAGUUCUAUAUCCGUAUCAGCUAAGUCCGGUGGAGGAGAAUCAGUAUACCCUGGGGCUGAAGAACUAAAAACUUUAAUGAAGAGUGGAGAAACUCCUGAAUAUAUUCUUACUGCUCUUGUUGCCUCCAUAGCUGAAGCAGAAGAUUUAGAAGCAGCAACAAAACAAAACGCUGACAUUGCAAAAUAUAAAAAUAGUUCUGUGAUCAAUCUGCCAACAUUCUUGAGACAAAGUGAAAAGGUACCGGUUGAAGUUCUAGAUCAAUUGUCUUCCAACAAGCGACUUUAUAAUAUAAUUUUACAAAACUAUCCAUCUCUUCUUGCUCUCAGAAGUAAUUCCGAGCAAAAACUGCCCAAUGAACCUGUUGCGGAGGUGUCGAAAGGAAAACCUAUCACCAUGUCCAUGAAACUGAAGCUCAAUAUAAAAAAGAAGAAAGAUUUCGAAACUAAAUUGGAUCAAGUAAGACAGAGUCUAUUACAACCGAUCCCUGAAAAUAAACCUAUUCAACCAAAAAAUGAACGGCAAGAUUGGCUCUCGAGAAGACUGCACACCGAUCAUCAUUAUUUGAGGGAUAUCCGAGUUCACCGCAAUUCCAUCAUGCAUCGAGGGGCUAUGAUGAACAUUGCUAAAUAUAAGUUGAGAGCAUCAUCUUGUCCAGAUAUUUACAGGAAUUCAAUGUGGUCCAUGGAAGAUCAAGAAGAAACGAGUUGGGGUAAACGUUUGGCCAAGAUGAUUAACAAAACGUUCGACUUUAACAUGUUCACGGAGUUCCAUUUCCUGAUGAUGAACUUAUCGACACUAGUUUUGUUCAUCUGGUUCAUCGUACCGUACUUCUACAUUUCCAAUUUCAUGACCAUGAGCGGAUACACUGAGACUCAAGGGGCUGCCAUGUUGAGUGUUUUCGGAGUCGCUACUAUUAUAGGCAUUGUCGGUCUCGGCUGGAUGGGUGACUUGCCCUGGGUUAACGUCACUAAGACCUACGCGUUGUGCUUGAUCGUCUGCGGCUGCACUAUAAUUCUGUUCCCGAUCCUGAUCCGCAUCAUGGAUCCUAACGAGUCCUACAGUUUCUACAUACUGGUGUUGAACGCAUUGGUGUUUGGGCUGAUGUUCUCCAGUUCGUAUUCGUACACUCCGAGUAUCUUGGUGGAAUUGAUCGCGUUGGAACGCUUCACAAUGGCAUAUGGAUUGGUGCUUAUGAGCCAAGGCAUUGGCCAUCUGGUUGGCCCACCUAUGGCUGGUGCUUUGAGAGACACUACAGGGUACUGGGAUGCCGCCUUCUAUAUUUCUGGCAUCUGGGUGGUGAUCUCUGGUCUGCUGGUCGGAGUGAUACCGUACACGAAGAACUUUCGCAUCUGUGGCAACGCGCCGCUAGCUAAAGACGUCGCGGUAGAACCAGAUCCAGGAGUAAAGAUUAUUAUAGCUCACUAAAAAUGUUUCCGUUUACUAUGGUACUUACAAAAAAUCGACCUCUCUAAAAGUAUUUAGGUCGUAUACCUAAUACUUACCAUACUUUUUUUCCGAGAUGUUGAUAGAGUAUAGUAUUCAGCCGUAACUAUUUGAUAAUAUUUCUUAAUUACUUUAAUAAACAUGAGGUAUGUUCCAUUUAUUUAUUUAUUUUAAAGAGAUAGGACACUGCCAAUAUUAUCAAGGCCACUAAAAAGCUAUCUGGGUACCUAGUUGUAUUGCCCAACCAACAUAGUGAUAGAUAAUUUUAUAAGCCACAGUUUUGUAUUCUAUUUACAUUUAUUCUAUUUAUUAACUCAAAUUAUUAGAACUCCCAAGGAGUCUCCAUUGUAUUUUAAUUUUUUAUCGGGUUGUUUUGUUUUGUUUGUUAGUUUGACUGACUGGGAAAUUGAUCUUCAUGCCGGCACUUCGCUUGGCUCUUCGUAUAUGCUAUUUAUCAUUUUGCAACAGGUUUUCCUUGUCAUGCUCUUUCUGAAAUUAACAUUAAAGACUGUUGUUAAGUUUACUUAAUAGCAAAAUAUGAAUAGACAAAUGAGGUGCCGGCAUUAGAUUAAAAAGUGCGAAUCAGAUUUUUCUUUUCUUAUUUUUUUGUGUUGACGAAGUAUCUUGCAUCAAUAUUUAAAGUAUUAGACAUUUAGUAAAGACAUUUAAAAAUAAGUAAUUAUGUAAGUUUCUUUUUUAAUCAUCAGUGUAAGUGCAUACUUGCCAUUAAAAUCACCGAUCGUAAUGAAUGAAUUUAUUUUUAUACGGAAAAAGUAUUGUAGAAAAUAAGUUUAUUUUUACUACUUACUCAGGAAUACUUGCAGUAGAAGUUCAAGAAAUAUGUAAGGUAAAGAUUAUAAUUAUUAAGCUCUUUUUAAUAAUGUCAGAUAUUACUAUACUUAAUAAACGUUUGAAAUAAAAUGUGCCAUUUCAAUAACAUUUUCCUACUCCAUUUAUUCUUAAAAAUCUGCAGGUAUGGCUGAAGUUCCAUUGAUAUAGGAAGGUAGUUACUCAUUUUAUUAUCUUACAGCAGUUACCUAUAACGCUUAAAUAUAAAUGAUUUCUUUGGAAAAGUAAUUAUUUAUUAAAUAUUAGCGUAUCCCGCAGACGAAGUCCUGUCCGACAAAAAUAUGUUAAAAAAUCCUAAACCCAUCAAUAGAUAUUUAUAUAUUAUUAUUAUUAUAUCAUGUGGUUGACGUUCGCUUCGUUCGCGUGGCUCGCGCUUACUUCAGACGCUCAACCACGAGUUUUUUGAUAGCUCCGUAACUUAUGGCAUCGUCAAAGUUUCUAUGAAAACUAAACCCCUGUCGGACGUAAGAAGAAACUAGCUUUUGCCAUGCAUUUGACCAUUAGAUACGAUAUUUUACGGAGCUACUCGUGCUUGGGCCUUUGGCCUAAACACUAGCAUAACCUUACCCAAUAUCAUAAAAAAAUGGAUGCGUGUAACUUAUGUACGCGCGUGAGAAGUUACACUUCUUUAGCAUCAUUAAAAAUAUUUUUUAAUUGCAUGCAAAUAAUUAAUAAUUACAAUAAAAUAAUAAAAGGACUGGAAAAGGAUAGUUAACACAGUCAAUUAAGUUCAGUUUUAAUUUGAAAAAUUAAAUAAAUAUUCAA